GGGCGCGACGGAAGCGAGCGCAGCGAGUACCGGCUGACGUUGUGUUUGGCGAUUUUUCACCCGCUACCGACGAGUCUCAGUCCGGCUGAAACUACCCUCCCGGAGCCGAGGGGAGCGCCCUCCUUUCCCCAGCGGUUCAAGGGCUUGUCUGCCCCGGCGACACUCUUGCUCCUACACCCUGCUUUGUGAUUUACGUGGCCGGCCGGGUCUGGGGUAAACUGGAUUCGCGUUACGUUGCUGUUGGAUCGGAAAGCCCCUGUUGGGAGAGGUCGGAGCUUUGGGCCGUUUCUUGGAAGAUUAUAAAAUAAUAUAAGGAUCUGCCUGCCACUGCACUGUGGAGCCUGUCCAGCUGUCCAGCAGGGGGCCCUACUGUGAGGACUCUGUAUCCAGUCGGGAGCUCUCGAUGAGCGUGCACAGAUCUUCGAGGCUCCGGAGCCGGGAUGCGGACCGGCACACAGACACCGUCUGCCGGCCGGGUCUGGGAGGAGGAGAGGGAGGAGGGUGUGUCCUCAGCAAGCUGGUCCAGCUGCCCUCUCCGCCCCUGUCCCGGCACCAGCUGAAGAGGCUGGACGAGCACCGGUAUCGUAGUGCCGGCCGCUCCCUGCUGGAGCCCCUCAUGCAGUGCUACUGGGAGUGGCUGGUGGCCCGUGUGCCCGUCUGGAUCGCUCCCAACCUCAUCACCAUCGUCGGGCUCGUCACCAACAUCUUCACCACCCUGGUGCUGGUGUAUUACUGCCCCACCGCCACUGAGCAGGCACCUCUGUGGGCAUACCUGUCGUGCGCCGUGGGGCUUUUUAUCUACCAAUCGCUGGACGCUAUAGACGGAAAGCAGGCGAGGCGAACCAAUAGCAGUUCCCCUCUGGGCGAGCUCUUCGAUCACGGCUGCGAUUCUCUGUCCACAGUGUUCGUGGUCUUGGGGACGUGCAUUGCUGUGCAGCUGGGGACUCACCCAGACUGGAUGUUCUUCUGUUGUUUCGCUGGGAUGUUCAUGUUCUACUGCGCGCACUGGCAGACCUACGUCUCGGGCACGCUGCGGUUCGGAAUAUUUGAUGUUUCAGAAUCACAGAUCUGUGUUAUAAUAUUACAGAUUUUGACAGGAACUGUGGGCCCUCGGUUCUGGAACGAUACGAUUCCAGUGUUAAACAUCCAAGUGAAAAUCUUGCCUGCUCUUUGCACGGUAGCGGGCGCCAUCUUUUCCUGUACAAAUUACUUCAGAGUCAUAUUUACCGGAGGAGUCGGCAAAAAUGGAUCCACAACAGCGGGAACAAGUGUUCUUUCACCUUUCUUGCACAUAGGAUCUGUAAUCAUACUAGCAAUGAUGAUCUACAAAAAAUCUGCAGUUCAGCUGUUUGAAAAACACCCGUGUCUCUACAUCCUUGCAUUUGGCUUUGUGUCGGCCAAAAUAACCAACAAAUUGGUGGUUGCACACAUGACAAAAAGCGAGAUGCAUCUUCAUGACUUGGCCUUUCUAGGGCCAGGGCUGCUCUUCCUAGACCAGUAUCUCAACAGCUUUAUUGAUGAGUAUCUGGUCCUCUGGAUUGCUCUGGUCUUGUCCUUCUUCGAUCUUGUUCGUUACUGUGUCAGUGUUUGCAAUCAGAUUGCCUCACACCUUCAUAUUUUCGUCUUCAAAAUCAUGCCCCCGGCCUCCGUCUCCAACCAGCAGGGGCAAAACCACCAUUAGUGACUUUUAUGUGCGAUUUCGGAGACAUGAACUCUCCUCGAGUGAAUGUAAAUCAUAAAAGAGGAUCAUAAGGAAUAAAAGAAGAAGGAGGAGAAGGAGGAGGAUUACGUAAAGAAGAUCAUUUAUAUUUCAAUCACUGUUGUGCGCAAGUUGUCUCGUUUCCAGCAUUGUCGCUUAGUAACCGAAUAGCACUCCUGGUUUUGAGCAAAGUCAAGAAGGAACUCUUCUUUUUUCCCCCCACUGUGCUAGCUUUAGUGGUUUAUCUGUGAGCAGGGAAAGUAAAUAAAAAAAACCCUGAAAGGUGGUUUACAGUUAUCAAGUCCUACUCCUAAUAUACUUUCAGCACCACAAUGCAAAUUUAAUUUACCCUUUUUUUUAGCAUUUUGUAAGCAGUUAAGUUAACCCAGUUUAACUUUCUUCUCUAUGCAUUGUAUAACUAUCUAAGAACAUUGUCUGAAGAUGCAUAUGCAGAUCAGUUUUUUUUCAACUACAAUUCUCACAGCAUUCAAGAAAUGUCUGUCUCCCUAAGUGUUGAUACGCUUUAGCAAGGGAGAGGAGAACUGGAGGGUUUAUUCGAAUGCCAGCCCUCUCCACCCAGAGACAGACUCUUAACUAGGCAGCUCUGAACAAACGACCCCUGCUGUUCACUCCAGGGUCACGUGGGUUGUGAUUUCUACCGUCACACACUCACUUGCACUUCAGUCAAAGUGACUUUGCAGUUAAAGAAAGCCUGAUUUUUAGGAGAAGUGUAAUUAAAAGGUAAAAAGAACAUUCUUUUUUUUUUUUUUUGGUUUGUGUUGGCUGCUACGUGACCCGAAUGAGCUUCAUUAUGUGGUGCACUCAUUUAUUUUAAUUGCUUUCGUGUUAUUAAUGCUGUUCGGUGGUGAUUUAGUCAUGUCUGUAUUUUGGGUUUUUUUUUUUUCUCUCUACAAAAUAUGAAAAAUAUAUUGAAAAAAAAACAGAGAUGAACACAGUUCUAACCCUGUAACUAAAAAUGUAAUUUUGCCAAUAUUUUGAGUGUGUCUUGUGACAGAGAAAAGGAUGUUUUAUUAUAAGAAUGAAGAUAGGGGGAAGUGUUGUGUUUUUGCCACUUGAAGGAUUUCAAGCGGUUUUGCCAGACUAGCUCAUAAAACACAGGCAGCUCAGUGUUGUUGUGCUAUUGUUCAUUUACAUACUCGGCUCUAAAAACUUUUCAUAACUGCACAGAUAUUUAAUGAACAUUUGUGUGACCUGAGGUGAAACAUUAAGCAUCCAGUAGUUCUUCUCAAAUUAAAAUGCAGAUCAAACCUUUUCCAGUAUCUACACACACACACACAAAAAACUUAACUCUGAAGAACACGGUUGCAAAUGAUGUAUUAAGACUUCUUUGAAUAGUGAUGAAUCAACAGGUUUUUUAGAUUUAGAUUCUACAAAGCUUUUUAUGUUCUCAUUGUUGUCGUAUAGGAAGGAUUCUGGAAAAAAUGUAACUGCUAUAAAAAAAAAAACAACAUCAAAAAAAAAAAAAAAAAAAAAAAAACUGGAAAAAAUGGCUUCAUGCCCAACAAAACAUUUUUCAUUUCAUAAUAUAAUAAAUGUCCAAUGGGUUAUCUUUUUGUACCAGGUAAUCAAGAUUUUAAAGUUAAAAAAAAAUUAAAACAAAAAUGAUUUGGAUCUGCAAUUCUUUAGUUGGUCUGGAAUCUGAUACAGCAUGCUGUUUUUGAUUUAAAAUAUUUUUUGAACUGGAAAAGGUUCAUAACUGCAUUUACAGCAGGACUGUCAUCUCAGGUAUAAAAUGUUAUGCUAGUAGGUAGGUGUUUAUUAUUUAUAAAAAAAAAGUAAUUCUAGCUCCCCUUUUAUGUGUUUCAAAUGCUUCCUGUUGUCUGUCAGAUUUCAAUGCCUUUACUUGAACAAACUUAUUUGACAGUAUAAAAGUGUGACUCAUCAGUGUUAAAUUGCUUCAUAAAUGCUUAGUUCUAGAACCGUGAAUAAAUUUGAAUUGUCAAGUUUUACAAAUUGUCAUUAGUAAAAAAAAAAAAGAUUUGUGUACAAAGUUCUGUAGCGUAUGCCCCGUUUCUCAUCUUUUUUUGAAGAGCAGGAUUAUAAAUUUUUUUUGGUUUGUUUUGUUACAUUGAUAACAUGCAUGUACUGCCCGCAGGUUUCUAUUUUAUUUUUUAAGUGUACUACUCUGAUUUGAAUUCGCUGUGUUUUGGUGUUUGGUUUCAUUAAAGGCUAAUAAAAGGUAAAAGGUACCUGAUAAACUGUACCUUUGUUUGGGGUUGCUCUACCCAAGCUACUAUGCUAUUGUACAUGUACUGUAUUAAGAAAAAAAGGGUGCACAGCCCUCUUAAGUCACAAACUGCCUUUAGAGUUAUACAUGUAACCAAAGCUUUUCGCUAAACACAACAUUAAAUGCAACCAAUAAAAUAAUAAUAGUAAUCUUUUUUUUGAGUUACUGGCAUUGAUAAUUAAACAGAAUAUUGAGAGGCACAUUACUUAUGUUUCACUGUUUGUCUUUAAAAAAAAAAAAAAAAAGAAGAGAAUACAAUUAAAUUUCACUUGAUUUUUGCCUUUUAGCGUCUAAUGAUUCUUUUGAUUUUAUGUUUACGCGAUUGUAACUUCUGUAAAAUCUAGCAUUUUUAAAUAAAACAAGCUGAUGUAAAA